AUGAGUCUCUCCAUGCAAAGCUCAUUAGAAAUCUGCCGAUUCAAGAAGAAAAAGUGCUACCAUGAACAUGACAAAGCAUUGCUGGAUUCGCCCCAGCGGGCCCAGGUCAACACUCGAGAGUCAACGCCCGGGGGAGGCCGUGUCAGUGAUUAUAACCCGGAAUCGGUCCUGGCGGCACUUUCGAGUGGUCCAGAACCAAUUGCCACUGUUGAACAGCCUGAACCAAAUCCCAUCCCCUCGCACUGGCUACGAGGCUUCGCACAGGCAGGCGCUCAAAGUCCCACUUCUGCGCACAGAGCACGCCGCCAGUUGAAUUGGUACAAGCGACACAGGCGACGAACAGCCCCCCAGCAGCGCUCCGAACACUACCAGAGGUAUCUAGAGGAAGUAGGUGCGGUGUAUGAUUUGCCAAAGACUACGGUAGAUGCUCUUCUGCCCAUCUACGUAUCCCUUCUCGAUGAUCUCAUUCCUGUUGUUGAUGCUGCCCGAGUCUAUCGCGAGCACAGCAACGACAAAGCUUCCUCAUGCUUGGUGCGAGCUAUCUGCCUCGUCAUUUCCAAGGCCAAACAGGCUGCUCCGUUCCUGAGGUUGCGCGCCGAUGGACCAGUUCUGCCGCCUCUCGACUUCGCAACCAGUUUAUUCACAGGCCUAGACGCAGCUGUCAAGGCAGAGCUUGAGCUCGACCGAAUCACCAAGAUUCAGGUUCUAGCUCUGAUGCAUCUACACAACGACGGCCUGGCCGGCAUGGACCGUGCUUCCGGCCAGCUCUCACAAGCAAUCAAUGAGGCCUGGGCGUUGUCUUUGCAAUGGAAGAUACCUGGCAACACGGACCAGGAACAGUGCGACUAUCUGUGGUGGACCUUGCGCAAUCUCGAUCGCUUGAACAAACCAGUCCAGGGAGCAGCACCAUUCAUAAUUGACGAUAGCGAUAUAUCCAUCGAGCGAAUCGCCAGCAAGGAGGAGAGCUACAGAUCGCAGGUCAUGGACGUCUCUCUAAAACUAGGUGAUCUCAUGAUCAAGGCAACUAAGGUCUACAAAGCUAGCUCAACCGCAAGAGAAGAUGACUCGUACCUUGAGGUCUCGUAUCACAUCGCCGCGAUGCUGUCCUGCAAAUACAGCGGACCUGCCACGGUCCACUAUAACCGACGUCUCGCCUCGGCAAAGCGGAUUCUCGAAAUCAUUUCCUCAGCAGGAAACGACAACCUGCCUCCCCUCCCAGUAAUUCCAUAUGCAAUGUCAAUGUCCACGACGAUGAUCUAUCGAGCAUUCAGCGAUAAACAAGAGACACUCGACACUACCCUCCAGAACCUCAAUCGUUGCUGCGAGGCCUUAGAUGUACUAAGCCGCCGUUGGACUAGCGCUAAAGGCAUUGCACGUCUGGCCAAGCGCCUGGUCAAAGUUCUUUCGCGUUAUGAAACAGCACAACACAAGCUGAACAAAAGUUCAGAAAGGAUCGGCACUAAUUAUGGGCGUGAUCGUCCCUCUACGGCGGACACGGACCAAGGACCACGUCCCGGAGGUCAAUCGAGCACUAGCACUCUUCCUACAUCGCUGCACCCACAAAAUGUGCUCGAAGCAGCCCCUAGCGACCUCGUCGACACAGCAGAGCUAACCUUCAACCCUCAGUCAAACAUGGCAGCCCAACGGCAAGAAGAUUGGCAAGCGCUCGAUGCCUCCUACACCCAGCUUGACCGAGCGUUCAGCGAUUUGUACGACUAUGGAAUGCCCAACGCAUUUCGCGACCCUGCCACAUGGGAGAUACUCCACUACAUGAAUGAGGAGGCCAGUUCUACUGGCGGCAGCGAUUUUCAGGUUCCGACUUACUUCUCACCAGAUAUCGACUUUGGAUAUACAGGUAUUGGGAUCAAUGAUACCGGACAUACAGAGCAGCAGUAG